UUUCAGCCCUGGGAGGGCUGGCCCAGCAGGGACAGGAAGCAAGGACGCCGGGGAUUGUCUCUCCCAGCAGCCGCAGUCCCCAUUUAGGAGGAAGUAUGCUGGGCGCUCUCCUCCGGUGACUCCACUCUCUAUAUUGUUCCACAGGAAACGAGGGAGUGAGCAAGUGAGAAAGAAAGGGAGGGAGCCAGUCAGCCAGCCAGCCCUCGGUCGGCUAGUCCAGGCCCCACACUUAGAUGUCAGAAGCCUAACUUGCUUUUGAUCCAGUAAUUUCUGAAACUCUUCUCAGUCCGGCUCAUGGGUCUCCAAAGUGGCCAACCAUUUUCAAGGUAGCGCAGCCGUCGGAGAGGCCCGAGAGGCCAGGCUGGGGCCGGGAUGGAGACAGCGGACGGUCCCGGGGACGAGUACGUGCUGGUGGAGCAUGCCUUCGAGUACACCGGAAAGGAUGGACGGCGCAUCAGCAUUCGGCCCAAUGAGCGCUACCAGCUGCUGCGGCGGAGCACAGAGCACUGGUGGCACGUGAGGCGGGGGCCCGGCAGCCGUCCUUUCUACCUGCCCGCGCAGUACGUGCGGGAGCUGCCGCAGCUCAGCUCCGCAGACGACCCGGCCUCUCCCCAGAUGCCCUUGCCCGCCGCUGCCCCGGCCACCUGCGCCCCGGAGCCCCUCACUUACGAUUACAAAUUCGUGAGCAUUCCCGCAGAGACCGCGCCCGCCCCGUCAAGCGGCGACUCCGGGAGUCCCUCGGAGCACGCGACAGGCGCCCUGGGCCGCUUCAGCUCCUUCCACUGCCCCGGGCGGCGCCGCGACGCCGGCAAGCGGAGCAGUUUGGCCCCUGGCCUCCCAACUACCCUCUACCUCCGACCCGCAGCCCCCAUCAGGACUGCACAGUCCUUGGACGACCUGGCUCGGACCGCAGUCGUGCCGGUCUCUGGGCUUCUGGGGAUCUCGGGGUCCUACAAGGCUUGCAGCGUGGCGGGCUCCUGGGUCUCUCCGAGGCCCCUAGCCCAGAGUCGGCCUCUCCCCCUAAGCCGGAGCGACUCGGAGAACAUCUAUGAGUCCAUCUCGGACGUGCGAGGCGAGCUUCCCAAAGAGAAGGUAGAGAGUUCUCUGGACCCUGUGUAUGUGAAUGUGGAGAGGCAGCAGCGAAUUCCUGCUCUGGCUCCAGUCCCUGCCCCUAUUCCAACGCCUACCUCCACUAGCCCAGUGUGGGAGACUCACACAGACUUGGGCAGUGGACGGCCCUAUUAUUAUAAUCCAAGCACUGGGGAGACCACUUGGGAAUCUCCCUUUGAACCUCCUGAGUCUGCAUCUAGCCCGGCUACCUCUCUGUCCCCUCUGGGCAGCCCGGGGGACCCUGAAGCAGAGUGGGAUCAGUACUGGGAUGAAGAGAGCCGGAGAGUGUUCUUCUACAACCCCCUGACUGGCGAGACUGCAUGGGAGGAGUCCACCACUCCUGAGAUGCAAACGGAAUUUGCUCCCUAUAGCCCCAUGGACCAAAGGCCACCAACACCAGAGGCAGAUUAUCCGGAUGAGCUGACAUGUUAUCCAGAAGAAGACCGCUCUCCAGGGAGCUCUUACACUAACCCCAGCCCAGGCUCCCCAGCCCCAGGGCGAACAACUGACCCCUACACACCCCCCGGCUGGUCCUGCCACAUCACCCCAGAUGGGCAUUGGCUCUAUACCAACCUUUAUACACAGGAGCAGUGGAUGAGGUCCGAGGAUGAGCAGGGGAAGCCAUACUUCUACAAUCCCAGUGACAGCACCACCCAGUGGGAGCUUCCCCAGGUCUCUGUCACAGGGUGGCACCACCAAAGCAGCGGCAGCAUGUCCGACCAGUACAAUGACUCCCUGCCAUUGGCCAGCCCUCCACAGGAGAAAUCUAAGACUCUGGAUAAAGCUGGUGUCCUUCAUCGCACCAAGACAGUGGACAAAGGGAAACGUCUACGUAAGAAGAACUGGAGCCCAUCCUGGACUGUGCUAGAAGGAGGGAUUCUGACCUUCUUCAAGGAUUCCAAGGCCUCCAUUGCUGGCAGCCUGAGACAGCCAUCUACUUCGCAUAUUCCAGAGUACACUGUAGACCUUCGAGGAGCUACCCUCAAUUGGGCCACCAAAAACAAGUCCAGCAAGAAGAAUGUGCUAGAGCUCCAGAGCCGAGAUGGCUCCGAGUACCUGAUUCAACAUGACUCGGAGGCCAUUAUUGGGACAUGGUACAAGGCGAUCAGCCAGGGUAUCCAGGAGCAGUCCACAGAGGCUUAUCCUGAGACUGACAGUGAAAAUAGUGCUGACUUUGGGUCCAGUGAGCGACUGGGAGGUGGAAGGGAGAAAGAAGAGGAAAAAAAGCAUCCUAUGAGUCCCCUGGGGCCUGAGAAUGAUUCCAACAAAGUUCGACACAAACUCCGAAAAUUCUUAUUGAGGAGACCCACACUGCAAUCCCUUCGGGAUAAAGGCUACAUCAAAGAUCAGGUGUUUGGCUGUGCACUGUCUACGUUAUGUGAGCGAGAGAACAGCCUCAUACCGCGCUUUGUGCAGCAGUGUAUCCGGACAGUGGAGUCUCGGGGGUUGGACAUUGAUGGACUGUACCGCAUCAGUGGGAAUCUGGCCACCAUCCAAAAACUACGCUACAAGGUGGAUCAUGAUGAACGGCUGGACCUGGAUGAUGGGCGAUGGGAGGACGUCCAUGUCAUUACUGGAGCACUGAAGCUCUUUUUCCGGGAGCUGCCCGAGCCCCUGUUCCCCUUCUCUCACUUCCGCCAGUUUAUCGCAGCCAUCAAACUCCAGGAUCAGACCCAGCGGAGCUGCUGCAUCCGGGACCUGGUGCAUUCCCUUCCCGCUCCCAACCACAACACCAUGUGUCUCCUCUUCCAGCACCUCUGCAGGGUGAUUGAGCACAAGGAAAAAAACCGCAUGUCCGUACAGAGUGUGGCGAUUGUUUUUGGGCCCACGCUGCUGCGGCCUGAAUCUGAGGAGGGGAACAUGCCCAUGACGAUGGUGUUUCAGAACCAGGUGGUGGAGCUGAUCCUCCAGCAGUGCAAAGACAUCUUCCCCCCAUGCUGAUCAAGCCCUGCCAGAGGCCAGCGCACACCAGGACAGUGGGAUGUUGACACAGUGGGGUGGGAGCAAGGGAAAGGGGUGGGGGGACCAGUGUAACCAAUAAAUGGAUAGCGUUUUCCUUUGCGCUGGGCUUGUUUCCUGUGGCUCAGCAGAGUGGGGGUCUCUAGCAGGUCUUGAGCACCCAGUAGUUUGAUAGGAAGGGAAGAAAUAGCCUGCAUUAGCCUUCUCUUCCCAAAUCUCUCCUCCCUUUCAAUCCCCUAAUGCAGAAAGCUGCAGAGUUGGAAGGGACCUCAGACACCAUCUUGUCUGACCCACUCACUUUAUAGGCAAGAAAAGAAGCCACUUGGGGCCAAUGAGGAAAUACCCCAAAAUCAUUUAGGCAGUAGUGUGGAGAGAGGUGAGGGGGGCACGAGAAGACAAGGCUAGAAGCAGAGGGGUAUCAGGCUACCAAGAGCCCUGAGUGCCAGAAAAAAGAAGCUUAAAUGAUAUUUGGCUGACAGGAGGGGGCCACUAACAAUUCUUGAGCAGAACCACUUUGCCCAUGGAAGGAGGGAAUUAGGUUUCCAGGUUAUUCUUCAAGCCCACAGUGUUCCCAGGUGCUCUCUGGCCUUCUAAUCUCCAUGAGUCUAGGAUCUCUUGGUCCACAUAAUUCUUAAAAGAUGCACAAUAAAAGAAAUGAGUGAGCAUUCUACGCCUCAGCCUGGAGUUAAGACUGGCCAAACAAGUUCAGUGGAAACUGAGGGACUCUUAAUUUUAACCAUCAGGUUAUGAGGGCUCAGUCUUUAUCUGAUUCUGGACAUCAUUCUUCAUCCUCCUGUCACUUUCCCCUGGAAAGGCAAAUUCCUUGCUCUCCAUUACUAUCAAAAGGACUUAUCCCUGGGGAGUCCACAGUGACCUCUGGUAACCAAUUUAGGUAAUAAAAAAUAUCACAACCCAUUCAUGACCAGCAGUUAGAGAGCUCAGGAAAUGGAGAGCAUGAAUCCUAGUUCCCAGAAGAUUUCAGUUUAAGUCAAUGGGCCUGAAACUUGAUGGAUUUGAGUGCUCAUGCCUAUCAAUAAAAAAGUGGGAGAACACACUGCCAAUUUUACUUAUUUACAAAUGAUAUACAUGAACUUUACUUGAGAAGCAGCCUUAGCCUAGUGGAUAGAGAGUUGGUUGGGAAGCCAGCAAUACCCAGACCCUAGUCCUGCCUCUGACACAUGACUGUGUGACCAUGGACAAGACACUUGACCUCUGGCUGCUCAAAGUUGCAGAGAAAAUGUCCAUUUGAUUUGGGGGAAAGAGUUUGAGAUUAUCAGUAACACAGGUCUAGACCUUAUUCCUACUAUUCUACUAAUAAUUAUGUAUGUUAUGAAACAAAAUAAAAAAGAUAUUUAAAAAGGUU